AUGGCUGGAACUUUAAUUCGUUCCCUAUUUACCAAUUUAUCCCUUUACGGGACUAAUAGUGCAAACUUGAGAUCGAUUCAUACCUCUACCGUGUAUUACGCGGCGCGGAAAGGCACCAGAGCCAAAGCUCGUGCUAAAAAAGUAAAAGUUGAAGUCACCAAAAUUGGAUUCAUUCCACACAAUCAAAGAAAAAAGGACAAAGUUACCAAAGUUGUUGACAAGCAUAUUGAUGACUCCUUCAAGCAGGUGUCUAAGGACAAUGUUUUCCCAAUGCGUUACUAUCGUUGGGUUGUUUAUACUGCGGAAGAUGCAGUUAAAGCACACCAAGAGACACACCAUCCAACCAUGUACAAUAUGCCUGAUGCCCUGGUCUAUGCCAGGGUGGAAAUGAACAUGCAAGCUGUUAAAAAGAACCGUUUUCUGGACAAUUUUAUGCGACUUACACUGCUACCAAACAUCUUUCCGCGAGAUGAGGAAAGAACCAUUCUUGCAUUCUGCAAAGGUCCAGAGCUCAUUAAGCAAGCUUUAGAGUCUGGAGCUACAACAGUGGGAGCAACAGAGAUUGUCAAGAAAAUUCAGGAUGGUGAGAUAAAACUGGCAGACUACGACUUUGUCAUAGCUCAUCCUAACAUGGUAACAGAUUUAGUACCCAUUCGUGGCCUCAUGAAGCGUAGGUUUCCAAACGUACGCAGUGGCACGUUGGACCCAGAUAUUUGCGGACUGAUUAAAAAGUUCGCUGCUGGUAUACAAUACAGGGUAGUGAAAGACGAACAGCAGGAGAACUUUGGCUCUACUGAGGUACCUGUAGGCAGGUUAAAUAUGGAUGCAAAGCAAGUUUCUGAGAAUGUUGACGCCCUUCUUAAAGAUAUCCAGUCAGCAAGACCAAAGAGGGAUGGACUCUUCAUUACAAGGUGCCUGAUUGUCAGUCCACCAUCGACGGAAAGAUUGAAAAUCGAUCCGUUCGUGCACGUUGAACGUACAUUAUCUAAAGAAGUUCAAGAUGAUAGCGAUGAUGAAGAAGUUGUGGCUGCGACUGCU